AGAAGAGAGACAUUAUUGGCUUCUUUCAUAAUUGUCCUUCAACAUGUGCAAGCUCACUCUAACUGCAGGUCUCUGUCUGAUCAUCGCCAGCUUGGCCUCCUCCUCCAGGCUGGUGUGUUACUAUAACAAGCUGGCUGGAAACAGAGCGGAGAACGGGAACUUCACAGUUUCAGACAUCGAUCCGAACCAGUGUACCCAUCUGAUCUAUGCCUUUUCUGACAUAAACAAGCAAAAUGAGCUGGUCCCCAGCAGUGCAGCAGACAUUCAGUCCUAUAAGUCCUUUAAUGGCCUCAAAAACAGAAAUCCAAUGCUCAAAACCCUGUUGGCGGUUGGUGGCUUGACCUUUGACACAAAAAAAUUCAGCACAAUGGCGUCGACAGAAGAAAACAGAACUGAGUUCAUCCAGUCCGCUAUCACACUGCUGAGAGCAAAUGGGUUUGAUGGGAUGAACCUUGACUGGAGGUACCCUGGAGGAGCUGGAAGCCAACCACAGGACAAGUCCAGAUUCACGCUGCUGUGCAAGGAGCUCAAAGAGGCCUUUGUGGCUGAGGGAGCAGCAACUAACCGUGACAGAUUACUCGUCACUGCCAGCGUCUCUGCUGAGAAAGCGAUCAUCGAUGCCAGUUACGAAGUCGCAAAGAUUGCAACGCACCUGGAUUUCAUUAAUGUGCUGACCUUUGACUUUCACGGCCCCUGGGAAAGUGUCAUAGGACAUCACAGCCCCUUAUACCAGGGGUCUCAAGACACUGGAGACAAAGUCUACUCGAACACUGACUCUGCCAUGCAGUACUGGCGGGACCAGGGAGCACCUACGCAAAAGCUAAACUUGGGGUUGGCAGCAUAUGGGCGAGCUUUCACCCUCUCAUCUGCAUCCAGCAAUGUUGGAGCACCAGCCAGUGGCCCUGGUGAGGACGGCUGCUACACCGGCGAAGACGGAUUCUGGGCCUCUUAUGAGACUUGCCUUUAUCUCGAAGGGGUUGCAAUAGAGGUGAUUCCUGAUCAGAAAGUCCCAUAUGCUACCACAGAAAAUCAGUGGGUUGGAUUUGACAACAAAGACAGUCUUGAUGCUAAGGUCAGUUACCUCAAAGCGAACAACUUUGGAGGAGCCUUCGUCUGGUCUCUGGACCUGGAUGACUUCAGUGGGCAGUUCUGUAAACAGGGCACCUACCCCUUCAUCAGCCACCUGCACGCUCUCCUGGUUCCAGGUUUUCCUCAUCUUACCACUCCAACUCCAACUCCUUCAACCGCAACCACCAACAUAACUACUCCCAGUUCUGCAACUACCACAACCACUCCCGCCACUGCAACCACGACCACUACCACAACCAAAGCCACUCAACCCACCACAACCACAACAACAACCACCACAGCUACCACUGCUGGAUCUGAAGGGUCAAGCGGAAACCCCUGCCAUGGAAAGAUUGACGGGGUUUACUCCAAUCCCGAAGACCCGGCUUCUUUUUACAACUGCGCCGACGGGAGAUUCUACAUCCAACACUGCCAGCCAGGUUUGAUCUUCAAAAAAAGCUGCGACUGCUGUAACUGGCCCUGAAGAACUGCACACGAACCAUUUCACUGUCCAUAAGUGGUCAUAUUUAUUCUUAUCAACAAAUGAGGGCACUGUCAAAAACUGUCACAUGUUGUUUCUCUGAUUCUUGACUGUUGAGUUGUAUCUAUGCAUCAAAUGGAGCAUUUUCAGAUGGAUUUCAUCCUCCCUGUCCCCACAAUGCUACAACAAUGGGAAAAUGAUCUCCCAUUGAAAAUAAAAUCUCUUUUAUUUCCUCCACUUUCAGUUAACAAACAAGAAAACUGUGCAUUAAAGUCAUGAGACCAAAUCUUACAGCAUUUAGUUGCAUAUAUUUUCAUCAAUUGUAAUUGUGUGUACAUGUUAUGUCUGUCAAUGUACAACAUUAUUUAUAUUAUUUUAUGUAUCAGUACAUGACACAAACAACUUGUACUGUGUAUUUAUAAUUGUUGUCCUGUUAGUGUCUGUGGACUGUAUGUCGAUCUACAUCAGAUUUAUUACUGCUAUAUGGCUGUUGUACAUAUAUGCCGUUGCUGGUGUAUCUAACUCUGUGGUAUCUUCUUGGUUUAUAUUCAGCUAUUGCAUGAUUGGAUUUGUCUUACAUAAUGACGAAGCUAUUGAAUAUUGCACACAUUAAUAUACCGUAUGUCUAGUUGUGAAUAAAUACUACUAAUUUAACAACUUAAAAAAGAAUAAAUUAAUACAAUGCUUGUUUCCCAGACAAGUUUUGGCACAUUUU